UCGAUGUAUAAGACCACCAAGACGUGUUCCUCACUUUCUUAACCAGUUUUGUAGUGUGUUGACGCUUAAAUAUUAUUUCAUCUCAAUUCCUUAUUUGGAACUGAAACUUAUUCAUUAGAAGACAUCUCGAACGGCCUAGAGUAAACUUUAUACGAUUAUUUAAGACGGAUUCAUGCAAGGCCGAAGGCCGAAGUCUGCAAAUGAGGUAUCAGAAUGCAAGCCCAUCGAUCGAUCUCACGUCAAAGAAACAAAGGCCUCAGGCCAAAACCAAGAAAGAGAUAUAUAAUUUUUCUACACAUGCAAAAAAGAUCACCAGAACAAGAGAUUCAAGUUGAAGGCUAAGGUAGAAAACUUGCAACAUGGCGUUAAAUAGAGGACCACGACAAGAAGAGAUCGUAGGAAAAGAUGUAAGAAGAGAAGAUUUUGUUGGCGACAUGGGAGAAAUAAAAAGGGCCAUUAGUAGUUUAAAAAGGAAGGACUCGAAAAUAAGAACACUGCAAGAGUUAAUCGCCGAAUUGCACAAGGUAUUUGAGAGUGACCACGUGAACAUUGAACACGUGCACGCCCUCAUGGUGGCCUACCAGAGCAAUCCUUCUGAGUGGAGGAAAUACGCCAGAUUUGACCGAUACAGGUACACAAGAAAUCUCGUGGAUGAAGGAAAUGGCAAGUUUAACUUGAUGAUUCUGUGUUGGGGAGAAGGUCACGGGUCAGCAAUACACGAUCACGCAAACGCACAUUGUUUCAUGAAGAUGUUGGAGGGUGAACUGUCAGAAAUACGGUUUGAUUGGCCUAAGGAAGGUAUGAGCGAACAGACUUCAAUGGUGGAGAUAUCCAGGUCAACGCUUCAUAAAAAUGAAGUAUGCUAUAUUAACGAUAGCCUUGGCUUGCACCGAGUGGAAAAUCCAAGUCACAGCGAUGUCUCUGUGAGCCUUCACCUCUACUGUCCACCAUUCCAGAGCUGCUCCGUCUUCAACCAGCAGACUGGCCAACGAUCUAAAGCUCAGGUCACCUUCUGGUCCCUCUUCGGCCACAGGAAGAGCAAGAAAUCCGAGGACGAAGAAGAGAGAGAGCCAGAAGACAACUAAUACAAUAUUUAACCUUAGCUUUUAUCCUUGAGACACAACCAACAAAUAUAAUGUUGUUUCACACAUGAACUUUGAAUACUGUAUCGCACAAUUGAAAUCUAUUUAAUGUAAACAUAUAUUAAAUUGUACUGCAUGUUUUAACAUUUUUUAACGUUAUUUUUAUUUUGCUGUAACGAAAGAUUGUUAUUGAAACAAAUAAAUGUAAUAGAAACUCUA